AUGGCUCCGACGACGACAACGACACCGACGUACACAUCAAUUCCGAUUCCUACAGGCGACGUCAUCUCCCGAUCAAUCCAUAACCUCACUUCCGCUAUCUCUCGCCACCGUCCCUGGUCUGAGCUAGUCUUUUCCGGCGCCUUCUGCUUCCCGGAGCGAUUCUCCUCUCUUCCCCUCCGAUCGAGGACGAACUUCCGCUACUUCUUCGUCAACUACUCCCUCGUCGUCGGCACUUGUGCCGCGUUAGCUCUCAUCUCCGCCAGUCCCGUCGCGCUAAUCGUCGUCGGCACGAUCAUCGCCUCGUGGCUUCUCUUCCACUUCUUCAGGGAAGAUCCACUUAUUCUCUGGGGAUUUCAGGUCGGCGAUCGGACGGUGGUGCUGUUUCUGGUCCUAGCUUCCUUGUGGGCCGUAUGGUUCACUAGCUCCGCCGUGAGCUUGGCGGAAGGUGUCAGCGCUGGCUUGCUAUUGUGCGCCAUUCACUCAGUUCUUAGGAACUCCGACGAGCUUUUCCUUGAGGAAGACGAUGCUGUUAACGGAGGCUUGAUCGGCUCUAAUCUCCGGUGA